UAUGGGUGGAUACUUGGCAAGGUUGAGCUUGUGGAAAAGCCUUGUACUCAUAGGCCUCUUUCUGAAUUUGAUAGUCAACAUUGAAAACCCCCGACUCUUGCUAACAAGAUGGGGGCCGUCAUCCAUUGCGAGCGACGACCAUGACCGCACAAAUCUGAGCCACAUCGCCUUGGGCAUGAUGGGGUCGGUGAAAACAUGGCCCCAUCGGCGGGGUUACCUGGAGGCGUGGUGGCGGCCUAAUAAAACCCGCGGGUACGUGUUCCUAGACCAGGCCCCGCCCCCGGAGCUCCUCCCGUGGCCGUCCACGGCCCCUCCAUACAGGGUGGUGGACGACCUCUCAGGGCUGUUCCGGGUGAGGAAGCCCCGGUUCGAGCUGAUGCCACGGAUGGUGCAUGGGAUCCUGGAGUUAAUGCGGGAGGAGCGGGAAGGGGUGAGGUGGGUAGUGAUGGGGGACGACGACACGGUGGUGUUCUUGGACAACAUAGUGGAUGUACUGGCGGAGUAUGAUCAUAACAAGUACUACUAUCUGGGGUGGCACUCCGAGAGCGUGGUGUCCAACUUGUGGUUCUCGUUCGACCAGGCGUUCGGGGGCGGAGGGAUCGUCAUGAGCUACCCCUUGGCCAGGGCGCUCGUGGCGGACAUGGAUGGAUGUCUUCUUAGGUAUGCCGACAGCACUUCCGCUGAUUUGAUCACCAUGACUUGCAUUGCAGAUGUUGGCGUCAACCUCACACCUCAUAAAGGAAUUCAUCAGGUUGAUUUACAUGGAGACUUCUCAGGUUACCUCUCAGCACAUCCCAAAGUCCAUGUGAUGACAUUCCAUCACUUUGAUGCAAUGGAUCCAAUAUUCCCCUCCAUGGAUCGCAUCGAAUCCACACGCCACCUCAUGAAGGCCGCGGACGCCGACCAGUCCCGGUUGCUUCAACAGACCAUCUGCUACCACAAGAAAACCAACUGGUCUUUGUCGGUAUCAUGGGGCUAUUCUGCACAAAUAUACGAGAGAAUAAUGCCGCGGAGCUACCUGCAAAUGCCCAUAGAAACGUUCACGCCGUGGGCAAAAGGGUGCGGGCCCCCCUUCUACAUGUUCAACACACGCCCAAGGUCCGAGGAUCCUUGCGAAAAGCCUCAUUUCUUCUUCCUACAAUCCGUUUCCAACGCCUCUCGUCAAAUCCUUACAACCUAUACACGUGCCACCUCUCGGGGCUUGCCACCUUGCAACCACUCUGCUGAUUCUAUAACUACUAUUCAAGUUAUUUCGCCGCCAAAAAAGCGUAACCAGAUUGAUAGAUGUGAAUGUUGUGAUAUUGUUCGGAUGGACGAUGUGAAAGUGAAAGUCGAACUUAGGGAGUGCAACAUAGAUGAGAUCAUAGCUUAAUUUUGCACUUAAACUUUAGAUGAGGUGCCAUGAUGCUAAAAAUUUUAAAUCUUUUUUUAGUAUUGCAUGUAUUAUAUUAUUGUAAACGUUUACGAGCACUUACUUUCCAAAAGAUAACUAUCAAA